AUGGCGUCCACUCUUUUUUAUCCCCUGUCUAUCCUUACCCUGUUCACUCUCUUGACGUCUAUUCUCGCCUCCCCAAUGAUGAUCAUGACCGUGCAUCCUCCCAGGCACGCAACAUCCAACGUCUCAUUCGAGUCUGACAUCCCAAUAUACGCAAAAGUAUCCGCCACGGAUAUCCCCUUCCCUAGAAUUCCCACCUACCAAAACAAUAACUCGUCUACGCGCCCCAAGACUCCCCAUCUACCAGGUCACACCCGGUAUCGGAACGACACCACGACAGAAACAGUCCCAGUGGGCACGAUGAUCACGGACUGCGCUGUCCCCGGCACUAUAGCUCUUACCUACGACGACGGGCCUUCUCACUACACGCCGAAGCUGCUAGACGUUCUUCUGGAAUACGACGUCCGCGCUACGUUCUUUGUAAAUGGCUAUCAUCUUCAACAUGAAGAAUACACGGAAUACUUGAAGCGGGCUAGUGAGGAGGGUCAUCAGAUUGCAUCUCAUACGUACGACCACCCUCAACUCCCCUCCCUCGACUACGAUGGCAUCUACGAGCAAAUGACCCGCCUCAGCGCCAAAAUCCGUGACAUUACCGGCCGAGCGCCGACCUACAUGCGGCCGCCUUAUCUAGAAGUCAACGACCUGGUUCUCAGCGUCCUCGGCGACCUCGGAUACCGGGUGAUCUCAGCUAGCAUUGACACGAAGGACUACAAGCAUGACACGCCGUGGUUGAUUGAUCACAGUUACGAGCGGUUCGUCGAGGAAUUGGAAGCCGGCGGGACGAUCGUGCUGGCGCAUGACACGCAUCGACAGACGGUGGAGACGCUAACGAGGGAAAUGCUGGAGGGGACGAAGUUGAGGGGGUUAAAGGCCGUGACUGUGGGAGAAUGCUUGGGGGAGUCAGAGCGUCUUUGGUAUCGUUGA